UAGUGGGCUGCGUUUCCUCGGCCGAGUCUUGUGUUUCCCCGUGUUCUUCCGGAUGCUCCUACUCCUCGGGCCCAUGUGUUUGCUCUGCUCCGUCCGUGUCGUCCGUGUCCGAGCCCGCGUCCGUGUCCGUGUCCGUGUCCUCUGCUGACCAGUGCUCGAACAAUGAAGACAGUCGUCGAGCCGUCUGUCUAUCUGCUCGGUGUGAUCUGUUUCUUAUUCGCUUUUGGACAGAGGCUGUCCGUCAGUGCUCAGGAUGAUGCCGACGCCGACUCCGACUCCGACGGAGAUUCCCUCGCCAGCAGCUUCUUCUCCGGUCUACUUGAUACGAUCACGAGCACAGCUGACAGCAAAGACUGCCCAGGUGUGUGCGUACACACCAUUGCGACACUGAUUUGUUACGAAGUUCUAGAAGAUGUCGCUUGUCCGAACCCUUCAAUGAGGUGUUGUGUGGACCCUCCAGCCAAUGGCUCUUCGACCGUGGCGCCCUCUAGCACCGUCAGCUCGAGUUAUCAACCGCAACAGAACAACAACCAACAGCAUCAGCACAACAGCCAACAGCAUCAGCACAACAACCAGCAGCAUCAGCACAACAACCAACAGCAUCAGCACAACAACCAACACAGUCAGUCACCACAAACGCAGCAAACUAACCAGUAUCAGUCACAGAACAAUCAGUAUCAGCAACAAAACAAUCUAUACCAACAACAGAAUAAUCAGUAUCAGCAACAGAAUAACCAGUAUCAGCAACAGAACAAUCAGUACAUGCAACAGAACAACCAGUAUCAGUCACAAACCAGUUCUUACCAACAACAAACUACGAGGCCAGCAACACCAACUACCAGCGCGGUUACUGCAGCUUCAAAUAAAAUUUCUCUGUUUUCACCAGAAUCCACGCAAACGACAUCAAGCUCAUCGACGGAUAAAAAUAAUAACUCGACCAAAGUGUGCGCAGGCGUGUGCGUGGCCGAGCGCAUCGCCGACUACUGCGAGGCGGUGGUGGGGGUGGAGGGGCUCUGCAGGCCAGGGCUCCGAUGCUGCGUGUCCAAAGACUCCUACGGGGGCAGCGAACCACCCCCGCACCUCAUCCUCAUGAACCGCAACUCCAGCUCCGGCCCCGCCCCCGGCUCCAACCAGACCACGCCCCCGAGCCCGGUCACCAUUUCCCGCCCCAUCCCCUCCCACCGCCCUUGCAAGGGCGAGUGCGUCUCCGGACUCUUCGCCCUCUUCUGCGACGACAUCGAUCCCUCCGCCCACUGCCCCGGCGACGACUCCUGCUGCAUCACGACCCCGCCUCCACCCUCACCUCCCUCCCACCAAAACUCCUCCCACUCCACCGGUGGCUCCUCCUACACCACGCCCCCCUCGACCACGCCCGCCCUCAAGCAACCCCAGAACAACAACAACAGCAAUAACAACGAUAAGAACAACGCGUCUCUCCCGCCGUGUCCCGGCUACUGUCUGCUCAACCUGAUGGCGGCCUUCUGCGAGAGGCCCGCGGUGCUCAUCGCCAACACCUCGACGUGCAAGCGCGGCUCCAUGUGCUGCGACCACACGCGGCAGCGGCCUCAGACGAGUCGGCCCAAGCCCCGCCCCACGACCCAGCAGACGACGACGACGUCGACGACCCAGGCCACGACCACCGUGUCGCUCCCGCCUGACCCCCGCCCCGAAUGUCCGGGCUCUUGUAUUGUUCCUUACUUGUCUUUCACUUGUUUCAGAAAUGCUGAAAUGACAGACGUUUUCAAAUGUCGGAAGACAGGCACUCAGUGCUGCGCACCCAAGUCUCUCAUCCGCGAUGUCUUGGACUCCAAAUCACCUCAAGGCUCCUCAAGUCUCUCUAAUAAUCGCAAUGAUACAUAUCCAGUUCCUUUCAAACCUCACUACUCACCUCAACUAUCGACCAAUCAAAUAGUUCACACGACGACGAUGAGCGUGGCGAGUUCGACGCGGCCUCCAGUGUACAGCAAGUACGUCUGCGGCGUGAAAGGGACGGCCCGAGGAGCCGGGUCGGGCGCCCCCGCGCGGACGGCGCGCGUCGUCGGCGGCGAAGACGCGGACCCGGCCGAGUGGUGCUGGCAAGUGGCCCUCAUCAACUCCCUCAACCAGUACCUCUGCGGAGGAGCCCUCAUCGGAACUCAGUGGGUCCUCACCGCCGCACAUUGCGUCACCAACAUCGUGCGUUCCGGGGACGCGAUCUACGUGCGAGUGGGCGACCACGACUUGACUCGCAAGUACGGGAGCCCGGGGGCGCAGACGCUGAGGGUGGCGACGACGUACAUCCACCACAACCACAACUCGCAGACGCUCGACAACGACAUCGCCCUCCUCAAGCUCCACGGCCAGGCCGAGCUGAGGGACGGCGUCUGCCUCGUUUGCCUCCCCGCCCGCGGCGUCAGCCACGCCGCAGGCAAGAGAUGCACAGUUACCGGAUACGGCUACAUGGGAGAAGCUGGACCAAUACCAUUGCGAGUGCGAGAGGCCGAGAUCCCGAUUGUUAGUGACGCAGAAUGUAUACGAAAAAUAAAUGCCGUAACAGAGAAGAUAUUCAUUUUACCAGCCAGCAGUUUUUGCGCAGGAGGCGAGGAAGGGAACGAUGCUUGUCAGGGUGACGGGGGAGGUCCGCUAGUGUGUCAAGAUGAUGGAUUUUAUGAGCUGGCCGGUCUAGUGUCUUGGGGUUUCGGGUGCGGCCGAGUUGAUGUUCCCGGAGUCUAUGUCAAGGUCUCAUCAUUCAUCGGAUGGAUCAAUCAAAUCAUAAGCGUCAACAACUUAUGAGCAGACCCUCAAAGUUACCCAAUAUUUGUGUGUCUCCAAAAUCUACAUUGAUUUUCUCUCUCUCUCUCCCGCUGCCCCUUUGUUCUCCCUACCAUCGUCCCUCCCCCUCUUUUCCCCAUGCUCCCCACCCUAGUAGCGGUGAUCGUCAAAAAUUACUGAAAUAAAACAAUCAUAAAAGAGCAGUAAAAAUUUUUGAGAGGAAGUGAAUAUCAUGUUGAAAAACUGUUAAGUUGUAUGUAUUACGUCAAUUACUCAGUGAAGAAAGCAAUGAAUUUUCCAUUCCUGAGGUAACAGUAUCUUUUCCAGAUCAAGGAACAUUUUCAGGAAAAUUACUAAAAUUUUCAAUGAACUGAGAGACUUUUUCACAAGAAAAUGGAUGAGUUAUUAUAUAUUCAAGUUACUCCACAGCAAAAAGAACAUUACCUGAAAGGUAUGAAAAUAUUACAUGAAUUUCAAUAAUUGUUCUUUUUACUUGGAAAUGUCAGUACAAGAGAAUGAUUUCCUGAUUUUCAUUUAUUAACAUAAUUUUUUGCUUAAAAUUUACUUCCUCUAAUGGUUUUUAUCAUCUUUUACGACCAGUUUUCAUAUCACCGCUGGCACUUAGGGCCCUCUCUCUCUAAUCAAUGUUGUAAUGAUCUCUGGAACUCAGAUUUCCAACAUGAUUUCCAACCGAAGCUGCGGUGGAAACGAACCUGAGUGCAUGCCGCAUGCUGCCAUUUCCCGGUUCGUAAUCCAUAGGCAUACAUUUUCAUGACAUGAGAACUGCCUUGAUUACCUGUUUUAAGAUAUUUCCUUCUUCUUAUUUUCGUGUUGCAGUUGACAGCUGAAACAUUAUUCCUUUUGUAAAACUCAUAAUAGUGGUGGAGUCAGCGCAACGCUCACUAUAAUAAGGUGUUUGUCGACAUUUUUUUUCAUAGGCGUGGCAGGGGUAGUCUCCAAAAUGGGAAAUAAGAAUACCUCAUGUGCCGAAUGGGCAGUUUGGGGGAUCAGGAUGACACUGUAACGAAGAGCCAGAGCCGUAUUUUGGCAUACCGUCCAAGUCAAGAUGAUUCCAUGAAUUUCCCAAAGAUUAAAGAUCAAAAUUAGCACUGUUUUAGCAAUCUGCUCGUCCGGAGUGUAUCAGUCGUACUUCCACCUUGGAUCCAAAGAUCCUCUUUUUUCUCUUUCGGUUUUCAUUUCAUUUUAUCCUUACUCUCUAGAUUUGUCGUUCCUUCAGUAUUACUGCCCAUGCAGGAUGUUCUUUCACCACUGUGGUCACAAGUCUGCAGGAACAAGCUCAGGAGUCUUUUCUUAAAUAAUUUCUCCCAAGUUAUACACACAUUUAGGAAUUUUCUAAACCUAAAUUUUGAUCUCAAUGCUUCACAGAAUUCUGAAAACUUUCUGAAGGACUAGUAAAAAUGCAUGACAAUGUUCAAGAAGGAUAAAAAAAUCCAGACUCUUGUGAGGAAAGAGUUCGCCCUCACAUUCGAACUAAUUGUCCAUGCCACUAAUCGCUCUUUUCCUUUCAUUGCAUUCUAUUGACAUUAAUCAUACCCUUUAAAAAAUUUCUAACAAUAAGUGAGGAGGCAGGGUUACAUCUGUGUUGCACUUCAUGAGCUACGCCUAUGACAUUAUGCUACCCAUUACAAAAUGGUUUUAUACUAGAGGUAUGAAAAAAUAGACUCGUAGUGAUGGAAUAAAUGUGGGAGUUAUCCUGACAUAUGUACUUUAUUCAAUGACAACCUAUACUCAAAAAUUUCAAUUUGGCUACAAGUUGAUGCUAUUGAUUUGAUACGGCAAGUCGCUUUCCUUCGAAAAGUGCAUUGCCCUAAAGUAACUCCACAAAAAACUCCAUUUUUAUAAAAUUUUGACAAAUUGUUUUUCUCUUUUAAGAAUAAGUAAGUGUGCCAUUUUUUGUUGAUGUAUAUACCUACUUAUGGCUGAAAAUUUCAACAUAAGUGAGAGCAGCUUAACCGUUCGCCAUUAAGGUCCCUACAUUGGAAUGGACCAACACACAUAAACCAUCCUGAGGUUGAUAUCUAAUCUGCAGAAUCUAAACAAGUAGAUUUUCCUCCCUUUGAAAGUCCAAUAGUGGUAGUUUGAAGUAUCAAAAGUCUAGAUACAGAUAUUUUGAAAUGGGAAGGCAUUACUACUAUUCCUGAAUAAAAAAAAAAAAAAAAACUGAUUAAGACAUUUUUCCCAUGGAAACAAGACCAAAAAUUUGAAAGACCCUCUCAAAUUGUGAGAGGAAGGUGUGUUAUAAAAAGGGAACUGAUUGGUGGAAAGCUCCUAAUAUUAAUGACCACUCACUCACCAAAAAACUGAAAAUAUGCCUCCCCAUGACUUCCUUAUAUUUUCACCAAAAUUAACGAGGAACUGUUAUUGAGGCUGUAGAAUUAGAACACUUUGAAUGUGAGGUCAUAGAACUGGGCAUAUCAUCAAACUUCCUUAUACUACAAUGUCAUCAACUCCCUCCACCUUUUUUGCACUGUAAAUAUCAAUUUUUAAUUUAUUGUUUGGUUGUUAGAGCCACGUAUAGAUGAAUUAUAAAUAUUUGUACAUAGUGAAAAUUUUAUACUUUAGUUAAGUUUUAAGUUAGCCUCCGUUCUCAGUCAUUAUGAAUGAUAUGUAGCUUUUGGCUAUUGUUAUCAUGUUUGUAAAUGUUGAAGAAAAUCUAAUAAAAUGAAUCUAUCUGUA